CAAACCUGCAGUGAAAAACAAAAAUUAAAAAGAGAGAUAGCGAGUAAGGCACUCUCGCGUGAUUCGUGAAAAAAAAUUGAUAAUCUUAAGAAGAAGAAAAGAAAGAAAAAAAAAAAAAAAACCUGGCGCCGACCUUGAUUGAGGUGCGUGAUCUGAACCGACAAGAAGAUGAUGGUUAACAAUCACCACCAGUUGCGUUCCCGUUCACAGAAGAACGUGCUCCCGAAUUAUGGCGCCACCGGUGCCAUCCAGUUUCAAGAGCCAGGGAAACAACAAUCAUCCACCUGUCGGCGACCGGCAAUCAGACGAUGAGGAACCCAUGCCGGAAGAGGAUAUGGAAGACAUGGAAGAAUUUGAAGCUGAAGAAGCUUUAAUGAUGGACGAAGAAGAAGAAGCAGCAGCAGCAGCCGCCAGUGGUGGUGGUGGUGGUCAUAGCCACAGAAGCAAAUUGGGUGAUGGAAGCAGUGGCCGCCAGUCGGCGCCACCACCCAUCACGGCCGGUGGUGAUUUCAAGUGUUCCGUUUGCGAUUUUAGCACUCGAUCGAGAGUCACGUUACAGCGUCACGAACGGCUCACGCAUCUCAAGAAAAAGUUCUUCAGGUGCGUGAAAUGCAAUUACGUCACGCACGUGAAAGCGCGCUACACGAAACACGUCAAAUAUCACUCAAUGCCCAUGAUUAAGUGCGACUUGUGCGAAUUCCGGACGCCGUACAAGUGGAACCUGGAUCGCCAUUUGAAAAACCACAUGGGCGGAGGCAUGUACCAGUGUUCUCUGUGCAAUUUCACGGCCCACAUCAAACAAUCGCUGACGGUGCACAUUCAAAAUCACCACCUGAGCCCGGACAAGGCGAGAUCGGCCCGCAGGCGAAAUAAAGUCGGGGCGUCCGAUCAGCUGAACGAAGUCAAUCCGGCCGAAACGGCCAUGGAUGCCGACGAGGCCGAACUGUUGCGCCUCGAGAGGAUGGAGCAGAGCGCCCGCCAGGGCACUGCCGACGAAGAAGAAGAGGAGGAGGAGGAGGAGGACGGAAACGAGGGUGGCGAUCGCGAUGAGAUGGAAGAGCCGGCCAGCUCGUCGAAAACGGAUCUAGGGGAUUUCGGUUUCCUGCAUCCAGACGGAGUGGCUCAGAAGAACGGAAGACUUUACGCCAGGAAUCGGGGCCAGUGUAAUUUCAAGAGUCCCUGGGAGGCGGAGCUGGUCCGCCAACAAUGCAAAGCCAAUGGAGAAACGAAAACAACGGCCGGCGGCCAAGUUUCACCUGUCAAUUACAGUUUGUCCGUUUCUCUUCCGCAUUUGGUUGCGCCCAAGAAAACAGCGCCCAGGCCCAUCCCCAAUUUGAUCCCGAUCGGCCAGACGGCCCAGCCGUCUACGUCUGCGUCUCCUACCAUAUUGAAAAUUCCGCAAAUUCCCAUGCGUGAAUGGGACGAAGAGGCGAGCUCCUCAUCCAUCCUGGAAGCGGUCGGGUUGUUGGCCAAAAAUCAGAAAUCCGCCGACGAAACGCGCAAACGGAAGAGCGGCUUUCUCGAUCAGCUGGCCCAGAAACUGGCCGGUAACAAUGAAUCCGUGCGCGCGGAAGAGAGUCCUCAAUCGACGGCCAGUGCGCCUACCAGCAUCUCGUGGUCGUCCAGGUGCCAGCACUGCCGCCAGAGGUGCAAGACGAGGGCCGAUCUCCUUUCGCACUUGAAACAAUGCCCCAGGGCGCUGCAAGCUGCCGGCCAGGAGAACGAGGAGGCAGCACCUGCGCAUGCUGCCCAGCCUCAUCCGAUGGAAAACAAAGUGUUCGUCUGGAACCAAUCGGCCGCCGAGGAGGAAUCGAACACGGAAUCCGAAACGGACGCCAUGAUGAUGAUGAUGAUGAUGGAGGAAGAGGAAAACAAGAGACCCUCUUCCGUUGCCGGAAGCGACGUUUCCGAAGCCAGUUUGGUCGGCAUCGAAACGGCGCCCGGCAUUGGCGCCGUUACCGGCGGGGCCGGAGCGCCAGCCGCCGGAUCUUUAUCGAUGGAACGUUCGACGGUGCGUCGGGUCUACCGCUGCCCUCAAUGCUCUUUUUGGGCUACGACGGCCUCCCGUUUUCACGUCCACAUGGUCGGCCAUACUAACACGAAACCUUUCGAGUGUUCCCAAUGCGCUUACCGUUCCAAUUGGAGGUGGGAUAUCACCAAACACAUCAAGUUGAAAGCGGCCCGUGAUCCGGCUCACACGCUAGCUCGAGUUCUUUUGCUGGACUCUUCUGGAGAGCGCCAUUACGAUCAGUAUGACCGUUAUUUGGUUAUGAUGCGCGUCACGGAAUCAGGUGGUCCGUCUUUAACUCAUGGCCGUUUUGCGUUGGAAGAUACGGGACGUCGAGUUGCAGCUUCGUCUUCUCGGCGAACGGAUUCCUUGUCACCUUCUCCGUCACCAUCUCCGGUGCCUUCACCUGUUCCUGUUCCGACGGCCGUUGGCGCUAGUGGUGCCGAAACGCUGCCCUUCAAUUUAUCGGCCGUCACGUUGGCCACUUCGCUGGCUAGCAUCGCCUCCAAUAUUUUGCCACCGCCACCUGCCAUCCGCCAGCUUCCGCAAUUGAACGCGCUGCAUCACGACGAUUCAUCAGCCCACCUGUCGGAUUACCCGUCGCCCACGAAAUCCUCCAGCGGAGGGGGCGGCAAUCCGCGGCGGACCAUCUGGAAGUGCAAACGUUGCAUUUUCAAGGAUCAUAAUCGGGAGACGGUCUUGCAACAUAUUCGAAGUGCUCACUAUCAUCCGGGUGUCGGUACUAAUAACAGCAGUCCGGCUCUGUCGGUUUCAUCCACCAGUCUGACGAGCGGCGGACAGGUGGCCGUCGGUGAGGUUGGCCAUGCGCUUUUGCCUCCGCCACCGCCCGCCGCCCUAAUCUCUGUCGGAGGAGGUUCUUCUUCUUCGACUUCUGCAGCGCCUGCUUUCCGGUGUGGAGUUUGCAAUCAGGUUUCCAAUUGGAAACAUGUGAUUCAGCGCCAUUGCCGUUUGAAACAUAAUGGCAAUAUUCAAGUGAUUGAGAAUCGAGUGACGGACGAAGACGGGCCGGAACUGAGCCGCGAAGGAGACGAUUUGUCCGUGUCGCUGCUGAAUGGCAAAGAGAAGAAGAAAACGGUCAAGCGAGAGAGUCCUCUGCCCGAAGAAGAUUCCAUGGGUUACAUCAUGCAUCCGGACGUGCAGCAAUAUUCGUGUUCCGUUUGCCCGUUCAUCUCGAAAAGUCUGACAGACAUUGAACUGCAUCGGCAGCAUCAUAAAAGCGGACCGGGUCGACCCAUCAAGUGCCCCAUCUGCCCAUUUUUCGUGGCCGAUAAACAGGAACUGGCCCAACAUCUCGUUCUUCACGGAAUGCACGACUUGAAACUGGACGCUUCCGGCCAGCUUUCUUCCAGCGUUGAAAAGAAUGAUGUUGCGGAACAGCAAAGUCCCGGAAAAAGAUUCCGUUGCACCUCGUGUCCGUACGUCAGUGACAACAAGAGCCAAUACGUUUAUCAUCGACAGUUCCACCGUCCGCGAGGCGCGCCCUACAAAUGUUCGCAAUGCUCUUACAACGUCAGCCGGAGGCACUUGCUGAAUCAACAUCUCUGCGUUCACGGUCUGCCUCCUAUUGGCCUGCUGGACGGUGAUCACUACGCGUCGGAUUCGGAUCCCAUCGGCUCGGAAGCCGAAGCGGAGGCGGAAGCUGCUGAAGCCGUUGACAUGACGGACGAGGAUGUGGCCAUGGCGUCCGUUGAAAAUCAAUCUUCGACGGCCAUGUCGACUUCUUCGUCCACCGUUCCAGCCGUCAACAAUGGAGUCGGAUCUGAAGGUUACACCCACCUGGGCUUGGAUCCGAACACGAUCGCUCGGCUGCCGGACUCGGCCACGGUCUCGCUGACGGACAUACCGUUGACGUGGGUAUCGCGCGGCCACAAGUUUUACAAGAUGUUCAAAUGCCGCCAUUGCCCGCACGUGAACGUUCGCAAAGCCAACAUCCAGGAACACGAGAAGAGACAUUUGACCAAGACGGGCCACGGAAGCGGAGACAAUAUGCACGCUUGUAGUUUGUGUAAUUACCGUUGCAACAACGCUGGCGUCUUAUCGGCUCACGUCAAAGUCCAUCAGAAUGUGCUGGGAAUUAUCCACUCGCUGGCGGAUCCGACCAGACCGGAUGACGAACAGCUGCGCCAAUUGGCUGGAGCUUCAGGUUUGUCGAAAUUAAUCGAAACGGCGACAAUGGUGGGCAAGGAAGCGGACGAAUCUUGCUCGUCGCUGUCGUCGUCCAGCAGCGCGGCCCCUCAACCCAAAUUGGAUUUGCUGCUGGGCCGGGCGGAAGACGGCAAAGAUGCUGGAAAACGAUUGCAUUUUUGCGCUCAUUGUCCGGCUCGUUUCUUGGUCGAGAAGGAACUUGGGGCUCACCAGCGUUUUCACGAGCUCAAGUUGGCCUUCCGCUGUGAUGUGUGCUCUUACACCGCCCGCCAGGAGAACCACCUGCUGGCCCACUGGAAGGUGCACAGUCGCGAGUAUCAAGAAAGAACCAAGGUGUUGAUGGAGCAGCACGGAGCGUCUGAGCAGCAUCCGCAGCCGUGCAUAUUGGCCGUCCAGCCGAGCAGCAGUGCGGAUGAAGAAGAGGGCGCCAUCGAUUUGACGAGCCGGAAAGAGACGGACGCCAAUGCGAGCAGCGCAACGAGUGAAAAGGCUUCAUCGUCCUGUCACCUGUGCCCAGCAAAGUUCGAUGCCGAGAGCAAAGCGCUGCAGUACCACAUAUCGCUGCACGGAGGCAACGGCCCGUUCCGCUGCCGCUUCUGCAACUACGCCGUCAAAGCCAAAGACAAUUUGACGAAGCACGAGAAGCUUCACUUGUACCAGACGGAAAACGAGGAGAUGGCGGAGACGGCGGCGGACAAUACGAAAGCGCCCAAGAGGUUUCAGUGUUCCAAAUGCCCGUCCAGCUUCGAGAAGAAGGAGCAGUUCAAAGUCCAUUCCAAUUUGCACGGAUCCAAACAGCGAUACCGUUGCGACCGUUGCGACUAUGCCGUCAAGUACUACACCAAUUUCCUCCAGCACGUCAAAAGGCACGACAAGAACGAAACGGCCGGAGCGCACGAUGAAGCCAUGGACGUCGAAGCGCAAGAGCCGGUGGUGCCGACGCUUCACCUGCCCGAACAGCCGCUCUCGACGGCCGAUCGGCAGCACAUUUGGCUACAAGACAAGUUGCGUUCGGUCCAGCAUCAGAGCGUCGAAGAGCCUUUCUUCUGCCAGUACUGCCCGUACAGGUGCGACAGUCAAGACAGUUUGGCCAGUCACAACGGCCAUCACGCGGCCAACGGCGCGGCUGGAAGUUACCGUUGCAAUUUCUGCGAUUUCACCGUGACGCAUCAGGAGGAACUCUCCGAGCACAUUGGACUGCAUUUCCAGUUGAAAGGCCGCAAAGCCGCCAAACUGCCGGAGAGCUACUGGAAGUGCUCCAACUUGGAAAUUUGGUCAGAACCGGUGAAUCCGGUUGGCGGUGCGCAACCCGAAAUCGUCUACGACGAACAGACGAAAGGCCAUCACGCAAGCGACGAAGAAGAUGACGAAGACGCUUUGUACAUCGAUCUCAGCACGGGCCAUCCCGUCCGAGAUGAAACUGCAACCGAAUCGGUUUCAAUCGAACCGGAAUCCUAAAAUGAAUGAAUUCAUUCAUUUUUAAUUCAUUCAUAAAAAUGCAGUGCCAUUUAACUGUUGUUCCCGAUCCCCCAUUUACCUAGUCUCUAUUCAGAGUGUUUCUUGACCGUUUGAAAAUCAAAAACACUUCCAUUUUGCCCCCUCCCAUGAAAUUUGGAACAUGUUUAAAUCUAUAAAAUUUUGUUUAACCCUUUUUGAUUUUCAAUUUUUUUUGGGGGGGGUUUCAUUUUGUUUUGUUGUGUCUACGGGCCAAAAUCCUUUUCUAGUCAGGUUUUCUUUGAUAUACCUGUACACCAGCCAUUUACCUUUUUCUCUGAUUGAGAAGAAGAAGAAGAAGAAGAAGAAAGUUCCCUGUUUUGUUUUUGUUUUGUCGUUUUCCUCUGUUUCAUUUUCUUUUUUUGGCCGUGCAAUUAUGUUCCGUUUAAUUUAUAACGCAUACACACAGACAUAAUUGUGUUUAUUAUGUACAUAUAUAAUAUAACGAUUUUGUUAGAAAACAAGUCCGUUUUUCCCACCAGUAAAGCCAUAUCGUUUUCUUGAUGUCAAAACCUAAAAAGAACAUUCAGGUCCAUUUUUUUUUUGUGUGUGGGGGGUGUCGAUGUUUGUACCAAAGUCAGCGACAUCACGCGGUUGUUGUGCCGUCAAUUUAUAAUUACCCCCUUUUUUUUUCUGAAUCCAACGAUAGCCUUUGCACAUUUAGAGAGAGAGAGGAUGAUUCCAUUUUGUUUUGUUGAUUGUCGACAGUUGGCGUUUAAUUUGGAGACCGCACACCCACCACUACUAAUUACAAAACCAAAUAAAAAAGAAAAAAAAAGCCUUGGCCUGUAUUAUCAAUUUUUUGCCGAUUUUGGUCACGUUGCGCUAGUGCGUACCGUGCGCGUGAGUGUUUUGUUUCAUUUUGCGGCCCGAGGGGGCCUUGAGUCGACGAAAUAAAUAUUAUACACUCUG